AUGCGCUCGGGGUACGUUGGCAUCUACAACCAAGGUAGCACAUGCUACCUCAACUCGGUUAUACAGGCGCUGUACCACAUUCCCGCCUUCCGCAGGCAAAUCUAUAACCUUCCAGCCGUACAAGAGGACUCGGUUGCUCUCGCGCUACGGGACGUGUUUGCACAGCUGGAGGUGCGCAACCGCAACACGACGACGACGGAGCUGACCAAGGCUUUUGGCUGGUCAGCGCAGGAGGCGGCGGUGCAGCAUGACGUUCAUGAGCUGAUGCAGCAGCUCUUUGACAGCCUCGAAACGACGCUGAAGGAGACACCACAACGGAAUAUGAUUCGCGACAUGUUCGGCGGCUUGAUGGUCUACCGGUCCCGUGCGGUAGACGGCGCUGAAUACCUCUCGGACCGCCUUGAGGACUUCUACGACGUGGAGCUGGUAGUGCAGAACAAGGCUAACAUUGAAGAGUCACUGCGGGAGUUCUCAUCGGGAGAGCGGAUCGAGGGUGUGUGUGUCGAGCUGACGCCUGGCGCUGACGCAACGCCACACACGAUUGAACGCAGCCAGCACUUCCUCGACUGCCCCAAGGUCCUCUUGGUACACCCAAACCGCGUGGCAUUUGACAUGGAAACAUACGAGUUAGUCACACUGCGUAAUGUGUGGAGCUUUGACUUUAACUUAUCGUUGUCAAACUACGUUGUCGGUGAUGCCUCACUGAAGCUCGACAAGGAAAGUCAAGAAAAGUGGAAGACAAUUAGUCAUCGCACCCACCUCGGCGCGAGCUACAGCCUACGCUCUAUCCUCACACAUGCCGGCGAUGCCACCAUCGGGCACUACUACGUGUAUGUCAACUUCGAUGGGGAGUGGGUGCGCUUUAACGACGAAGUGGUCGAGUCGGCAACAGAGGAGGAUGUUCACAAGUCCGCGUUUGGCGGACAGUCGAUUCAAUCGCGCUACCGACUCUUCGACAACGAGCGCGCAUCGCUGCUCAUCUACGUGAACGACGAUGUCAAAGAGGAGCUGCUGCAUGAGACGCCGCCGCCGAGCGCGAUCGUCGAGGUAGGCCGCUGCAUUGAGGAAGAACGCACUAGGAAGGAGGAGACGCGCAAGAUGAACUACUACGUAUGCGACAAGUCCGUGGUGGACGUGUUCGACGGCGUGCACGGUGCGCCCGACAAGCUGCAGCGUCAGAUGUCCGUGCGCCUGUCCCCUGGCCAAGAUGAGAUGGCCGCGAUCAUCACUGCAGCAGCAAAGGAACUGCAGGUAACGCCGGCGCAGAUUCGCAUCUUUUACCGCGACCGCCACGGCCUUUCCCCCUGGUCUGCUGUCGAGACGAGCAACUCAUACGACUCGUACUAUUACCCGCCCAUAUUUGUCGAUGUCGCGCCGCCGGAGGCGCAGGACGAUGUGGCGCCGGCCACGGCCGCCACCGCCGAGCCGUUCAUUGCGUUUCUCCGUAAGAUCGAAUCGCAGCACGACCGCGACGUCCCUGUCACAAUCGUCCACUCCAUCCCGGAGCUGCAAGAGCUGGUGCCGCACGACUCGAUUGUGUACGAGAGCCGCGGCGGGCCACAGUACCUGAGCGCCAUCACAGCGACGAACCAACUCGUGUGUGGUGCAAAUUUACUGUACACCCAUCAACGCUCGAGCAUGGACACAGUGCGUGGGUACCUUCAGCAUCGCCAGCUCGUCUGCACAAAGGUGUACUUGUACGACGACUACACUGCCGAGCAGACGGAGCUGUUUGAUCUUCACAUUGCUGAAUCCACACCCUACAGUACUCUGCAGAUGGGGCUCUACAAGAUGAUGACAGAGUCGAGCAAAAGCCUGCCUACCCCGCCCUCCCACAACUACCUCGGGUUCUUUAAAGGAAACGAUAGAUGCAACUACGCCUUCGCAAUGCCGAUGGCGCCGUCGCUUACGAUUCAGUGGAACACGUACAAUCAUACCCUCCGAGAUGUGUGGGGCAGUGUGCAGCACGAGCACAAAAUUGUCAUGACGGUUCUUCCGAUGCCGCUCGAAAAGAUCGACUUGACGGUGCUGGUCACGUUGAACGGAGGAUACAACAACUUGCCGCGCGUGUACAUUCCACGGGAGUGCGGCAGCAUUACAUUUCACGAGCUGCUCGAGUUGAUGCUUGAGCAACUGAGCACCCGACUGCGCGCAAGCGCUGUUGCGGGAUACAAGCAGCAGCUUGCCGGAAAGGCACGGCUGCUGCGGCUGCUGCGAGUCCGACGAGGCGAGUUGCUAGAUGUUGUGGAGCAGCUGGACACUCUGAUUGAUCUUGAGUCGCGCGAGGACAUUGUUCUGGACAAGCUGUCUCCGGCGAUCCCUGGGCAUGAGCUCGUCAACGUGCUCUUCUGCCGCCGCCGCUCAGGAGAGUACUACUUUGGUCUACCCACGAACAUCUGCGUCAACUCCUCUCUCGAGGAACAGGGUGAUGUGCUGCUUCGGCGCAUCAUCAAGAAACUCAGGUACCCAGAUGAGGAGGAGGCAAUGAAGAAAUGGAUACUCUGCGUGAUGAACGCCAGGUCGCGCAAGACGCGCACCGCCAGCAAGAAGGAAGUGCUGGGAGACCUCGUCAAGGAGGUUGGUGGCGCACCCUUUGUGCUCGUUGUCGAUCGUCCGCAGUGCCUGCGCCUCGACGGUAUUGAAGAGGAGGGACAUCGAACGGAGUCUAUCGUGAUCAAGUCCACCUCCAAGACAGAUCUUUCCGCGAAUUAG